GCUGCAGUCAAACCUCUACAGCCCUUCAUUGACUUCGGCAGCAACCAUCACCAAGUUGAAAGGCAGGAAAGAUAGUUCAACAUAAAAGCCAUGUCUAAACGCCUGAACAAGCGUCAACAGCGCGAAGCGGAAGAGCUCGCUGAGCUGCAACGAGCUCAGGCUUCGGUCCGCCCUGACCUGGACGAGGAGGAGCAUGACGAGCAACCCGCCGAACCUAGACUGGACGAACAGAAAGAAGAAGACGAUGAGGCUGAAAGCGAGGUAGAAGAAGAACAACCGACGCGGAAGAGCGGGGGGAAGGUCUUGAACCCUUUCGCUGCUCUGAACGCUGGGGAGGAUGAGGAGGAUGAAGAAGAAGAGCUCGAUGAAGAUGAGCCCAACGAGGCUGAAAAGGAAGAACAGGUCGAGCAGCCCACCGUGACGAAGUCAUCGAAAAAGAAGAAAAAGAAGAAAUCCAAAUCCGCCCCGGCACCCGAUAACGAUGAUCUGGGGGAAGAAGUCGGGAACACAGAAACCCCGCCUCCCCAUCACACCCAGUCAACAACCACAGCAACAGCUACAGGGACCCCCGGGUCGACAUCAGGGUCAGGGAAGAGCAAGAAGAAGAACAAGAAGAAGGCUGGGUCUGUUGAGGGCGGGUUGGACGAGAUUGAUCUGGCGUUAAAAUCGUUGGGGCUCGAUCCGAAAGAUAAAGCUACCACUCAAGGCGAGACGAGUGCGAGGAAACGACCUGUCAAUGAGGAGAGUGUCAAGCGCAAGAACUUGUUGGCCGUAGAUACGAAGAGCUUGGAUUCGGAGGCCGAGCUGAAACGGUUCUUCGGGGCAAAGGUGGUCGCCUCGGCUCAACAAGGUCAAUCGACCAAACAAUCCCGCCAACAAAAACUCUUCCAGAACUACAUAUCCAAGAUCCGGACUGUCCUCGUUCCUCAUCCAAAAUCUACCUGGCCUGUCCAGUCCGGGUUUGGAGGUUUGAGCAUGAGACAGCUGGAUCUGGAAGAGGUUCUCGAGUUGUUGAAACGCAGGGAACUGGAUGGGUCUGCGAAGGGCUCGGGGUCUGGGACGGCUUUGGGAAAGUUGGAGGGUGAACGGUGGUUUACGUUUGAACAUGAUGCGGGGUGGAGACAGGUCCAUACGCAGUUCUUGGGAGCGGUCAGGAGUCAUGACCCGAACCAGCUGCAGGCGUUGUUGUCGGUCUACAAUUGGCAAAUCGACACGCUGCUCCAGAUGUCGGCGAUCUACAACCAACAAGGAGAUAUCGGAGCUGCCGCCGAUCACUGCGAGAGGGCCCUCUUUGCCUACGAUCGAUGUCUCGCCCCUGGGUUCGCUAUGAACGGGACGUGUCGGCUGGACUUUGAUAGAGUCGAGAACAGACCGAUGUUUCUCGCGCUUCAUCGGCUCGUCUCGCAUCUGGCGAGGCGGGGACUGUGGCAGACGGCGUUCUCGUACGCCAAGGCAUUGCUGUCCCUGGACCCAGAAAACGAUCCCCACGGAGCUUUCUUGUGGCUCGACUUUCUGGCCAUCAAGUCUGGCAACCUGGAUUGGAUACAAGAGAUCGGGUCGGCGUUCGACGUCGAGCAUCUGCCUGGGAUCAACCUGAACCGAGCGCUCGCACUGAGAAUGCAAGAAAAGGGGGACGAUCACAAGGCCUCAGAUGCGUUGUUGCGAGAGGCGAUCGUCUCGUUUCCGCAGGUUGUUGCCAUCUUGGCGGACAAGGCAGGAUUCAACAUUUCGGGUUCGGCAAGAAGCCAUCCUCACUUCCAAAUGCGUGUCGGGUAUAGCGGGGACUGGGAGACACCCAUGCAUUUGCUGGCUCACAUCUACGCCGCUAGGAACAACCCGCUCUGGAAAGACUCGUCGAUCGGCAACUGGUUCUCACAACAGCUCGACUUCGUCGUCAAGGACAUCGAGUCGGGCAAACACACCCUCUCGAAAUCACGGAUCCCUGCAUCAUGGGCUAGGGAGACCGGAGGCAUGCCUUUAUGGCUCGUCCGGCACGCUUUCCUCAGCGAGAGCUAUAUGGGAUGGAUCCCUCCACCUAUCGCCGCCAAGCUGGGUCACGCCUUUGACCCUCUUCCGCCGACAACGAGCAUCACGCAGUAUGACAACGCGUACUAUGCGGGCGUGCGAGCGUCGCCGCGAACCUCGGCUGCCGACCCGAAUCUGGACAAUUAUCUCGACAGGCUGAUGGACUUGUUCCAAGCGCGCUUGCCCGGAGCCGAUAUCCGACAUACUCGCCGGGUACUCCGAGAACGGUUGACGGAUCUCAUUCACUCGGAAGCGUUCCAAAUGGCAGGGGCCGAGAGCGAUCUCCGCCAAACGCUACUACAAGAGACGAUCCUUCAAGUCAUGAUCGAAUUGGGAGAGGAUAUGAGCGAGGAGGAAGGUGAAUGGGCAGAUCAGGAUGACGAGGAAGUCGAGGAAGGUCAAGGUCAAGGUGUAAUGCCGGGCGCAUUCCCGCAGUAAAAGCGGACCACUACUGUAUCUCUAGAUGAAUCGAUUCGUUUUAAGGUGUUCCGAGAGAAGUCCUC